AUGGUCAAACACCAACCCCUGCAAGUCUAUGAGCGCCAGCUGUGUUUGUCUUGUAUCACCGGGAUCUACGGUUGCCGCUGGAAACGCUAUCAACGCUCCCAUGAUGACACCACCAAGUGGGAGCUUCUGUGGUCCCUCAUCCUCCUUUUUACGUUCUGUGCUCUGCUGGUCUGGUUUUACUUCUGGUUGGAAGCUCACAACGACUACAAUGAGUUUAACUGGUUCCUCUACAACCGCUCUGGCGAGUGGAGCGAUGGCACCGUUCCAAUCUUGGCCACUACUGCUGCUGGCUUUACCUACAUAGCCUUUUUAAUGGUUUUAGCCCUUUGUCAUGUUGCACUUGGCCAACAGCUGAAUUUGCAUUGGCUGCAUAAGAUAGGAGUCACAGUGGCUCUACUUACAACUGUUGUCGGGGUGAUAUCCAUCAAUCAAACAUGGCAGCAUGAGUGGGACAUCAUCCCAAUCUCCCUGCAGGCCACAGGACCAUUUCUGCACAUCGGUGCCGUCGCUGCUGUCACAGCUUUGUCCUGGAUAGUAGCCGGACAGGUCUCUGGGGCAGAUAAGACGUCAUUCCAGGUGGUGGUCAUGCUACUGUAUCUCUGCGUGUUACUGGGCCUAUAUGCUGUGCCGCUGUACAUCACCUCUCCUUGCAUCAUAGACCCCAGCAAUCUCCGGCCCCGUCCUAAUGUUAUUGGUCACCAGGGGGCCCCUAUGCUUGCGCCAGAAAACACAAUGUGGUCCUUUCAGCGAGCACUGCAAAUGAACGUCACCGGGUUGGAGGCUGACGUCACAAUCAGUGUUGAUGGUGUUCCAUUCCUGAUGCACGACCACACCCUGCGCAGGACCACUGAUGUAGAGAAAAUUUUUCCCGAUAGGCAGAUGGAGGAGGCCUCUCGCUUCAAUUGGACCAAUCUGGAGCAGCUAAAUGCGGGACGUUGGUUCCUCAAGGAUGACCCCUUCUGGACGAUACACACACUCUCGCCCCACGAAAGGAACUUGAUUGCUAACCAGAGUGUAUGCAACCUGGAGCAGCUUCUAAAGCUAGCUUCUUAUCAUAACACCACUGUGGUGUUCAAACUCAGGAGACCUCCUUUUGGUCACCCCUGUUACGACAGCUGGAUCAAUGACACUCUGCAGGCUGUGGAGCGUUCUGGGAUUCCUCAAAAUCUGGUAAUGUGGACUCCAAAUAAAGACAGAGAUCAGGUGAGACAGCUUGCACCUGGUCUUGUCCAGACAUCCUUGGAAAAAAAAAGUCCUCAAAGCCUCAAAGAGUCAGGAAUCAGCAGGCUCCUGCUCAGAUACAACCAGGCCAGCACUCAGGAAAUCAGGGAUUUGGCAGAGAAAAACAUUAGCCUCACAGUCUACACGGUCAACGAGCCCUGGCUUUACUCAGUACUGUGGUGUAGUGGUGUGUCUUCUGUGUCAUCUGAGGCACCACAUAUCCUCAAAAAGGUGCCUUACCCCAUCUGGCUCUUGAGAGCAGAUGAAUACUGCAUGAUGUGGGUGUGUGCUGACCUCACCUCCUUUGUGGUGGUUAUAGGAAUAUUCAUUUUACAGAACUAUCACAUGAUCAGGUAUCGUACCAGCGGCAUGCGCAGCUACAACCCAGAGCAGAUCAUGCUGAGUGCCGCCGUGAGGAGGUCCAGUCGGGACCUCAACGUCAUGAAGGAGAAGCUCAUUUUCUCCGUCUGUGAACUUCCUCCUCCUCUUCCUCCUCUACAUCCCAUCAAAGGUCAAGCCCGCUUGGUGAUUGAUGUGGAGACGGUGGAUUGGAACGAGACGGUGGAUUGGAACACCUGCGGGAAGAUCGCAGCGGUGCUGCGUUCCUCCGCAUCGAAGGUGGUGUCGGAUCCUGGGCCACCAUCCUCUGUGCUAUGGUGGAGGAAGAACGUCGACUCUCUGGGGAGUCCAUUGCGGUUUCUGGCGAUACCGACUCUCUGGAGAGCUCAUUGCGGUUUUUGGCGAUGGAGACGUGUCCUGCCAGAGGGAGGCUGCAAGAUGGUCAUAAAGAGACGCUCGAGACUCCCCAGCGGCCGAAGGGCCGUCGGGGAGGUACUUGUGAAACGCUUCCCACGUGGGUAUGGAAGGCUGGAGAGCCAAGGACGGGCGGGUAUGGAAGGCUGGAUAGUCCAUGACGGUCUCCUGCUGCGUGUGCGGCCUGGUACCGCCGGUGCAGAUGGAGGAACAGGGACUGGACAGGAGAAGCUGAUGUGCGGCGUGGGGAUGCACAGCGUUACGUUGACCCGCUGGUACGUCAUCGAAACACAUGAGUUUGCUUACAGAUGA